AUGGCUUCUCCAACCUCCACGCAUAGCCCGCACUCGCCCUCAGCAUCCUUCUAUGACCUGAGCGACGAUGAGGAGGGCGAGUACAAUACUAUUAGGCACACUGAGAGCGGAAGGGGAGUGAAGCUGCUAUACACUAAGAGCAAGGUCUACAUACAUCCAACACCCUCCGCAAAAGACAACAUCCCAGGCUUCAUAGCGCUUGUACAGCAGAAGUCUCCGACCAAAGAUACAGAUGCCCGCCCAAGCACGUCCUCGUCCAAGAGCGAACAUGCAUCCUCCUUGUUGCUCGCCUGGCUGCCCGAAACGUCCCUCGGCGACGCAUACGACACCUACGUAAAAGUCGAUCUAUCCGACACCUCUUCUCCCCCGAGACAGACAUACCUCGUCCCUCCGCCGCCUACCACCACCUCGCACGGCUCGUCGAUCGGCGCAUACGCCUUCGCUGUUCCGGUCAGCGAGAUCUACUCACUACUAGUGCGCCCUCCAAGCAUCGGAUGGUGGUUUGGCAGUGUGGUAGUCAACACGCGGGCAGGCGACAGCUUUCCGGCGCUGUUCUUCCACGAUAGCGAAUGUCAAUCUACCAUCAUGCAGCGGAAGAAGCUCGCAAAAGAGAGCUUCGACCCAUUUGGCGACGGCGGGGGCAUGUUCUGGGGCGGCGACGAGGUUCUACGAUGGCUGAAGAGAUAUGUUAACGUGGAACGGUCUGGAGCUGAUAAUAGUAUAUACCUCAUCGAGCCUACAGAAGAGGACAGGCGAGCAGUCGGCCGGAAUGCGCCUGGUUCACCCAAGGCAAAGAAGGAUGAAGGCAAACAAGGCGACGCAUCAUCUUCGAAAGACCAAGGCAAGAGAGACGGCGGCAUGGACCCUGUUACAAAGGCGUUGAAGGAGGCGAGGUGGAACUUUCUGGAGAAGCUGAGCCAAGUCACGACUUUCACACGGAGGACAGCACAGGCCGUUGCAGAGAAUAAGAAUCUCCCGCCGCAAGUGCGAAGACUCAUUCAGAAUCCCGAAGUACAGACCUUGCAAGACGAGUUCGAUAGCGCCCGUCUGUAUCUGGCAAGGUGGGCAAUGGGAAUCGCGGAGCAAAGCGAGCGCGAUCGAAACCAAAGAAUAUGGACUGCCAAGGACGUCCUGGCAAUGGAAGAGAGCGACGUCGGGGACUUCGAGAUUUUAGACAUGGAUCGUAUGUCAAUGGCAGAUCGGAGGAAACCCGUCACUCUGGAAGAGUGGAAGGGAUUCUUUGAUAGGCACGGACGGCUGCAAAUCACUCCCGACGAAGUUAAGGAGCGCAUCUUCCAUGGCGGCCUACAUCCUGACGAUGGCGUUCGCAAAGAAGCGUGGCUGUUCCUCCUAGGGGUAUACGACUGGAAUAGCUCAGAAGAAGAGCGACGUGCGAACCUCAACAGUCAACGAGACGAAUACAUUCGCCUCAAAGGCGCGUGGUGGGAGAAGAUGGUCGAUGGACAUGGUUCUCUAGAGGCUGAAGAAUGGUGGAAGGAGCAGAAGAACAGGAUAGAGAAGGAUGUACACCGAACAGAUCGUACAAUUCCAAUCUUUAUGGGCGAGGACAUCCCACAUCCAGACCCUGACUCACCGUUCGCGGACGUCGGCACGAAUGUUCACUUGGAGCAGAUGAAGGACAUGCUUCUCACCUAUAAUGAGUACAACAAAGACUUGGGCUAUGUUCAAGGCAUGAGUGACCUCCUGGCACCCAUAUACGCAGUAAUGCAGGACGAUGCCAUCGCAUUUUGGGGCUUUGUGGGGUUCAUGGAGCGCAUGGAGCGCAACUUCCUUCGCGAUCAAUCCGGUAUGCGCAAGCAACUAAUGACACUUGACCACCUGGUGCAGCUCAUGGACCCCAAGCUCUACCUGCACCUCCAAUCUGCCGACUCUACCAACUUCUUUUUCUUCUUCCGGAUGCUUCUUGUGUGGUACAAGCGAGAAUUCGAAUGGGCAGACGUUCUACGACUCUGGGAAGGGCUCUGGACCGACUACCUUAGCAGCAACUUCCACAUCUUUAUCGCUCUCGCGAUACUCGAAAAGCAUCGCGAUGUUAUUAUGGCUCACCUCAAGCAUUUUGAUGAGGUCCUAAAAUAUGUGAACGAACUAUCCGGCACCAUGGAUCUUGAGUCCACUCUGGUUCGCGCUGAGUCGCUGUACCGAAGGUUCCAGCGAACAGUAGAGACCAUCGAUAAGAAAGGCAACUUCCCUUCGGCACCAGGGGCGCGGCAGCGAAAACCUAUCGAAGGAUCACCGGGUCCAUCAGACUCGAAUGCAAAGGCAUCUACGUCUGCUACUGACAGUGGCAAGCAACCAGUCGGCGAUGAAGAUGCCCGGGUGAUCAGCACUGAAUUAAGGACACUACUCAGCCGUAAAGUCGAAAAGCUCGACAAAGAGGAUAUAGUGAAGCAUGGUGGGGGUGUUGGCUCGUAG